UCAACACCCCCCUUUAAUGUAGUCAAAGUAUCUUCUGGAAGCUUCUGAAUGGGAGCUUCCAGAAACCACCCCUUAAGUAUAAAAAGACGCCAGCGUGUUGUGGGGUCUGCAUAGAAUCACUCGAACGCACCAAGAGAGAUUUACUGCCCAGCCGCAGCGAAGCACACAUUUGGAACUCCUCAAGAAGAGAGAGACCAGCUCAGGGAUACAUUUGACUAUCAUCAAGAAGCAACUGUAGGACAAGAGUCUAUUCAAGAUGCCUGCCGCUGGAAACGUUAUGGAGGAGGAGGCUGAGACCUUUGCCUUCCAGGCUGAGAUCGCUCAGCUGAUGUCCCUGAUCAUCAACACUUUCUACUCAAACAAAGAGAUCUUCCUUAGAGAGCUCAUCUCCAACUCCUCAGAUGCCCUGGACAAAAUCCGCUACGAGAGUCUCACUGACCCCGCCAAGCUAGAUAAUGGCAAGGAUCUCAAAAUCGAAAUAAUUCCCAACAAAGAGGAACGCACCCUGACCAUUAUUGAUACAGGUAUCGGCAUGACCAAGGCUGAUCUGAUCAACAAUCUGGGCACGAUCGCCAAGUCUGGCACCAAGGCUUUCAUGGAGGCUCUGCAGGCUGGAGCCGACAUCUCCAUGAUCGGUCAGUUUGGUGUGGGUUUCUACUCUGCCUACCUCGUGGCCGAGAAGGUGACAGUCUUAACCAAGCACAAUGAUGACGAGCAGUACGCCUGGGAAUCCUCUGCUGGAGGCUCAUUCACAGUUAAAGUGGACAACUCUGAGCCCUUGGGGCGUGGCACCAAGGUGAUCCUGCACUUGAAAGAAGACCAGAUGGAAUACAUUGAGGAGCGAAGAAUCAAAGAGAUUGUUAAAAAGCACUCACAGUUUAUUGGCUAUCCCAUCACGCUCUUUGUGGAGAAAGAGCGUGACAAGGAGGUGAGUGAUGAUGAGGCGGAGGAGGAGGAGAAGGAGAAGGAGAAGGAGAAAGAGAAGGAGGAUGAAGAAGAGGAAAAGGACGAGGACAAGCCUGAGAUUGAGGACAUUGGGUCCGAUGAUGAGCACGACCACGACAAGUGUUCAGACAAGAAGAAGAAGAAGAAGAAGAUCAAGGAGAAGUACAUUGACCAGGAAGAGCUGAACAAGACCAAACCCUUGUGGACCCGUAACCCUGACGACAUCACUAAUGAGGAGUAUGGAGAGUUCUAUAAGAGUCUCACCAACGAUUGGGAAGACCACCUGGCUGUCAAGCACUUUUCAGUAGAAGGUCAGCUGGAAUUCCGCGCACUGCUCUUUGUGCCUCGUCGCGCUCCCUUCGACCUCUUUGAGAACAAGAAGAAGAAGAACAACAUCAAGCUGUACGUGCGCAGGGUCUUCAUCAUGGACAACUGCGAUGAGCUCAUCCCAGAGUAUCUCAAUUUCAUCAGGGGUGUGGUGGACUCUGAGGAUCUGCCCUUGAACAUCUCCAGAGAGAUGCUGCAGCAGAGCAAGAUCCUGAAAGUCAUCCGCAAAAACCUGGUCAAGAAGUGCCUGGAACUCUUCACUGAACUUGCCGAGGACAAGGACAACUACAAGAAGUACUACGAGCAGUUCUCCAAGAACAUCAAGCUUGGCAUCCACGAGGAUUCUCAAAACAAAAAGAGGCUGUCUGAGCUGCUGAGGUACUACACCUCGGCUUCUGGAGAUGAGCUGGUGUCCCUGAAGGACUAUGUUACACGUAUGAAGGACAACCAGAAACACAUCUACUACAUCACUGGUGAGACCAAAGACCAGGUGGCGAACUCUGCCUUCGUGGAGCGCCUUCGCAAAGCCGGCCUAGAGGUGAUCUAUAUGAUCGAGCCCAUCGAUGAGUACUGUGUCCAGCAGCUGAAGGAGUUUGAGGGGAAAAACCUGGUUUCAGUGACCAAGGAAGGCCUGGAGCUGCCGGAGGAUGAGGAAGAGAAGAAGAAGCAGGAAGAGAAGAAGGCUCAGUUUGAGAACUUGUGCAAGAUAAUGAAGGAUAUCUUGGAGAAGAAGGUGGAAAAGGUUACAGUCUCCAACCGCCUGGUCUCGUCCCCCUGCUGCAUUGUCACCAGCACUUAUGGCUGGACGGCCAACAUGGAGAGGAUCAUGAAGGCCCAGGCUCUGAGGGACAACUCCACCAUGGGCUACAUGGCUGCUAAAAAGCACCUUGAGAUCAACCCUGAACACCCCAUCGUGGAGACCCUGAGGCAGAAGGCAGAGGCUGAUAAGAAUGACAAGUCUGUGAAGGAUCUGGUCAUCCUGCUCUUUGAGACUGCCCUGCUCUCUUCAGGUUUUACCUUGGAGGACCCCCAGACCCACUCCAACCGCAUCUACAGAAUGAUCAAGCUGGGUCUUGGCAUUGAUGAAGAUGAUCUGACACCAGAGGAAGUCACCUCGGCUCCCACUGAGGAAAUGCCCCCUCUAGAAGGGGACGAUGAUGACACAUCCAGGAUGGAGGAGGUGGACUAGGCCUGUUUCUCUGGCCUGUUAGUGUUCAAAAGUAGUGUUACAUAAAACUUAAAUUUAAUGUUGUAAAUGAGCCUGGGGUGGCCCUCCCCUCGCCUUCCUUUUGACCAAAUUGAAUUUAUUUCCCCUUACAUUGACAUGACCUGGAGUUCAGAUUCAUUGCUUUUUUUUUUUUUUUUUUAAGUUGUCACAUUUUCUAACUUAAGUUUCAUCAAUGCAAUUAUUUUUGUAUUUAUUUACAU